GUUCUGGUUGAUUGAGCGUUGGAUUCGGUUGAGUUUUAAGUUGGGUUUCAAGUUGAACUUGAAGUUUCGAUUUGAGUUUUUGAAAAUGUUUCUAUCACUGAAAGCCAAACACGUGCGUAUGGCUAUCGCCAUUCAUUCCGUGAUACUUUCCUGCUCUAUCUUGGCUUUUAUGAAUCAUUUUGUGGAGACCUACAAGUGCAUGGAGAUCAGUGUGUGGAGACAUGUUUGUGUGUUGCAGGUCAUCGGUGGUAUAUUCCUGUUCAUGAGUGGCUUUUACAGUUCUCAUUGGUUGCGUUUGCCCUGGGUGGUGGCUUCGUGCAUUUUUAUCUACACCUUAAUUUAUAAAUCUUUUGUUUAUCACCGUUUUGUGGAGGUUAGAUUGUUAUGGGUGGUUCCCCUACUUCAAAUUAUAGCAGUUUUCUAUUCAUAUUUCGUGUACGAUGUCUUCAUGGGUUUCCUUCAAGCUCACAGCGAAGCGAUCAAACAGAUUUCCAUCAUGGAAACGGUGAGGACGCAGCAUUAAAGUUCAUUCUUUGCCAAGUGAAACGCAAUUGAGCUGAGUGUAAAGGCAAAUAAGUGUGAACAUUGCGGUCGGUGGGUGGGGCGUGUGUGUGUGUGUGCUGCCUUCAGGGGGUGUUCUUUUCUAGCCAAAAGUAAAAUAAGCGUUAAAAUGUCUGCUAACCCAGUGGAGGUCUGUCUGAGGGUAUGAGCCUGGUUCUGGGGCUCUUGUGGUAUCGUUGCAUGCGUAUUGCAUUACCCAUAUGCCCACCCACCCACUCGCACCCCUUUUUUCUUAGCUCCCCUCUUCUCCCUCUCUUGACACAAAGUGGCGUAUGAAUAGAUACAUGUUUUGUUGCCUGUUUUGUUUACACACACACACUGCCCUCCUGCUGAAUCCCCUCCCCUCUGUCUGUCUGUGGACUGGUUGUCGUAAUCCAACAAGCAGACAGGUUAAAUACACCGCAAGGACAGACUCACUAACAUACUCGUAUGUACCGAAGCUGCUGGAAAAAAAGUGUGACAAAGAUGGUGGGGGGGACAAAUGGUUGGCUGGGAAAUGGUGAAAAUUCGGGGAGGCGACUAGAGCCGCGAUUCAGUUGGCAAGCAGACGCAUCCAAACAAACAAUAAUCAUGCAACAAUAGUGAGAGCCGCAAACAAAUUGCUUUUCUAUGUAUAUACGGGUGUACGGGGAGCUCUUGGCACAGGGGAAAAAUAAGUUAUGGGAAAAGCUAUAUAAAGUUUAUAAAAUAAGUUUAGUUUAAGGGAUAUGUGAGUUAUUAAUAUAAGUAAAAUAUAAAUGACAAGUGCUUAAGUAUGAAUAAAAUAAAAGUUUAAGACUAAUCUCAAAAAAUAUGAUAAGAUAGAGGAUAGUAAUCACUCUCAAAAUAGACUUAUAUAUAU